GCUCACACACCAAAAAUUGGGAUUAAUUGGAAGAUGACAAAAGUUGAGAUUGUUUCUUCAUGUCUUGUUGGAAGCAUAAGUGCUCCUUUCAUGUCAAAACUUGAUCUCACCACUUGGGAUUUAAGACUACUCCAAACAAAUCAUAUUCAAAAAGGUCUCAUCUAUCAAAACUCUAAAUCCCACAAAAACUUAAUCCAACACCUCAAAAACUCCCUCUCCCGCGCACUAGCCUUCUUUCCGCCGCUCGCCGGCCGGCUCGCCACCACCCGAUACGACGACAGCACGGCGAGCUUCUUCGUUGACUGCAAUAAUGCGGGAGCCGAGUUCACUCACGCAGCAGCCGCGACCGUCUCUGUUUCCGACAUCAUCGAACCGAAGUACAUCCCCGAAAUCGUGCAUUCGCUCUUCCGGCUCAACGACACCAACAAUUCAGAAGGGAUUUCGAAGCCUCUGCUGGCGGUGCAAGCCACCGAGCUCGCGGACGGCCUCUUCAUCGGCUGCACCGCCAAUCACGCCGUCGUGGACGGCACUUCCUUCUGGCAUUUCAUCAACUCUUGGUCCGAGAUCUCCCGCGGCUCUGACACCAUCUCGAAGGUCCCCGUGUUCGAGCGCUGGUACCCUAGCAAAUCCGCUGAGGUGAAUAGACGCGUUCAUCUCCCCACGCUGGAAAAAAACCUUAUCCCUCCGUCUACGCUGCCGCAGAGGGUGUUCCGGUUCACCGGAGAAAAUGUGGCUGAGCUUAAGGCCAAGGCAAACUCCGAAGCUGGGACCGAUCACAAAAUAUCUUCUCUGCAAGCAGUCUUGGCCCAUCUAUGGCGGAGCAUGACGCGGUGCGGGCACUCGAGCGGCGGAGAGGCUCGGAUAAUGAUGGCGAUCGGUGCAAGGGGAAGAGUGUCUCUGGCGGAGGGGUAUUUCGGGAACGCGGCUUAUGUAGCUGCGGCGGCGAUUAGUGAGGCUGAUCUGCUGAAGACUGGGUUGGGCGCAGGUGCGGUGAAGAUCAAUGAGGUGGUUUGUGAGCAGAGGAGUGAGGAAAUAGCGCGAUACGUGGAAGAGAAGGUGGAGUUUGUGACGUUAGAGGAAAUGGAGAAGAGUGGUCCGUGUGUUGUUGUGGGGGGUUCGCAGCGGGAUGAUGUGUACGGGAAUGAUUUCGGGUGGGGGAAACCGAUUGCUGUGAGGAGUGGGAAAGCGCAGAAAUUUGAUGGAUUAGUUGUGGUUUUGCCGGCGGUGGAGGAUGGCGGUAUCGACGUGGAGGUUUGCUUGGCUCAGGUGAAGUUGCAGGCAAUGGAGCGUGAUGCUGCGUUCAUGGGAAUAUUUCUCUGAUCAAUAAAUAACUGCUCCCUACUCCCUUCAUCCCACAAAAUAUUACACAGGAGAUUUUAGGAUGUUUUCAUCCCACAAAAUAUUACACGGCAUGAGAUUUUAGGAUGUUUUAUUUAUGUGUGUCAAAAAAUAUAAUUUUUAUAUUCAUAUAAAAAAAUAUUUUUUUAAAAAUAGAAA